AUGCACAAACAUACUACUCAACGGAAGGUCUCCCCUCCCGGUCCAUCCUUCAUGUCCAAUGAUCAAGUUGCAACAUAUUUGAAAGACCUGCGGGCAAACCGUCCAGCGCGUCCGACUGGAUCGCGCCCAUAUCCAGGCAAAUCAGCGGCAUCAACUACAGAUAUACCAGGCAACCUUCCUGCGAGAGCCUCCUCGGCCCUCUCAAUGCGUUCCCCAGAUGAAGAUGACAUCAAGGACCAACCGCGUUCCGAAAGUGCAAUGUCCCAUCGCCGAGCAGCCUCUCAUGUCCCCGGCAGCGGUGCAAUGGGCCGUCCGUUAGCCCAGGAGCCCCGCACGCACUCGAUUCGAAAGAACGUGUUCCCAGCACAGAUCCACACCCAUACAGUCCCAGCAUCUCCGGCACCUUCAUAUCGUGAAAACGGCCAGCGGCGACACGAGAAGGAAGAGGCACGGUCACUACGACAUGCUUUGCAGGAAAUGGAUGUACACGACGAGAUUCAUGUCCAUCAAGCCGCGCAGGACGAGGCAACCGAGCUGGUUUGGAUGCACCAGAACCCUGGUGUAGCCUUCAAGAACCCCUACGCGCCAUACCAGAACCCCGAUGCCAACAGGCGUAGCCAGAGUCCCGUCCGGAACGGUUCUCGAGGUCACGACUCAACCCAUAGAUUUAGCCAGUCGACAGGCUCGAGUGGUUCUUCAGACGGUCAAUGCAGUCCCGAGUCACUCCGAAAACGAUCAUCCUUGGCCGGUCCCACGAAGAAGAAUCUUAAGGUUAACUUUAAACUGCCUGACGAGGAGCCCCCGGUCCCAGAGGCUGCGCCGAGAGGACGGACUGUCAGCGGUGAUUCUUCCAGGGGAAUUUUUAGAAAUCCCAGCGACCAAAUAUAUGAAGAGCCUUCCAGUACUCAAAAGCAGGAAGAGAAAUCCGAUUUCUCUAAGUCUGACUCAUCGGCUCUGAAAAACAAGCCUCGCAACGCCCUUGGGCGCAACCCCAAACCUCUUCCCUGGUUGCAGAACAGAGGUACUAACAGUACCCCUAUGUUGGAUAAAAUUUCGCGCUUUGAAAAGCGUGAAAUCCACAAGAACCCUCCCAGCCAGUCUCGCAAUGCUGGCUAUACACGAAAUGAAGCCACUCCGCCCCCUGAAGAGACUGAACCCGUUCCGACCAAAGAUGGAAGAGAGAUUCGGGGUGAUGAUAUCCGUGCAGCAACUAGCAAGAGACGAGGAGACCGGAGUGAGAAGUUGCCUAUGCCUUCAGCUGUCAGUGACCGAGUUGGGCGUCCAAUCGUCAGCUUUGACCAAACCUGGAAGCCAACCGACCAGCCAAGACCGGAGCGUCCACCAGUUAUCGAAGUGCCGGCACCAGCAAUUGAGGUCUCGGCACCUUCUAUUGAAGUUUCUGAAGCUCCUCCUAUUCCCGUCAUUAACGUCCCGGAUAUCAAAGUACCAACUAUCUCUGAGAUAGAAGCACCCAGCCAACACCAGAGCAAGCCCUCACGGCCAAUGCCCCAGCCAACCAGAACCAGCCCGACCAAGCAGGGAUUCCCCGGACAACCAGGAAAUGAAAUGCAAAACCGAUGGCAUUCGCCGUAUACACGAUCAGGAGUCCCAACUGCAAGCUGUGAGCUGUGCUCUCACCCAAUUUCAGGCAAGAUCGUGACCGCCGGUGGAUGCCGAUUCCACCCAGAGUGCUUUACUUGCUUCCACUGCCACACUGCCCUCGAAUGCGUGGCCUUUUACCAAGAACCUGAGUCCAGCAGAGAUGAGAGACUAGCAACAGAAGUCAACGACCAUGAGGCCCGCGUCCCACGGUUCUACUGCCACCUCGAUUUCCACGAAAUGUUCAGCCCACGCUGCAAGAGCUGCAAGACACCUAUCGAGGGAGAAGUUGUUGUGGCAUGCGGUGCUGAAUGGCAUGUUGGCCACUUCUUCUGCGCCGAGUGCGGUGAUCCCUUCAACUCCACAACCCCCUUUGUGGAAAAGGACGGCUUCGCUUGGUGUCUCCAGUGUCACUCACGCCGCACUGCACCCCGCUGCCUGGGCUGCAAGCAGCAUGUCAUGGACGAAGUUGUCAUCACCGCAAUUGGUGGACAAUGGCACGAGCGCUGUUUCAGCUGCCAUGAGUGUGGCGACGGCUUUGGACCCGAGGGCCGCUUCUUCGUUCGUGAAGGCGAACCAAAGCGCACAACUAAGGGCCGUAUCAUCGGUGGCCCUGUGCAACUUGCUAUCUGCGAGAGAUGUGAGGCUAUUCGUUUGAAGGCGCCUAGAAUGCGUUAG